AGAGUUUCAAGAGGAGGGUAGACCUGAGGGGAUGAUGCCUGUGUCGAAACCUCUAUAUAAGGAGUAGGAACACAGCAUGUUGAUGAACACAAACCAUUUCAGCGGGGAAGAAGAGAACCCUUUUGACAGAGUUGUUGUCAUGGCAACAAAAGCUUCUCUCUCCAUAAAAGGCUUUGCCUUGCUGGUUUCAGUCCUUGUAGCAGUUCCAACAAGAGUGCAAUCGAUUGGUGUCUGCUACGGCAUGCUCGGCAACAAUCUUCCCCCGCCCAGCGAGGUGGUCAGUCUCUACAAAUCCAACAACAUCGCGAGGAUGAGACUCUACGAUCCAAACCAAGCCGCCCUGCAAGCCCUCAGGAACUCCAACAUCCAAGUCCUGUUGGAUGUCCCCCGAUCCGACGUGCAGUCACUGGCCUCCAAUCCUUCGGCCGCCGGCGACUGGAUCCGGAGGAACGUCGUCGCCUACUGGCCCAGCGUCUCCUUUCGAUACAUAGCUGUCGGAAACGAGCUGAUCCCCGGAUCGGAUCUGGCGCAGUACAUCCUCCCCGCCAUGCGCAACAUCUACAAUGCUUUGUCCUCGGCUGGCCUGCAAAACCAGAUCAAGGUCUCGACCGCGGUCGACACGGGCGUCCUCGGCACGUCCUACCCUCCCUCCGCCGGCGCCUUCUCCUCCGCCGCCCAGGCGUACCUGAGCCCCAUCGUGCAGUUCUUGGCGAGUAACGGAGCGCCGCUCCUGGUCAAUGUGUACCCUUAUUUUAGCUACACCGGCAACCCGGGACAGAUCUCGCUGCCCUACGCCCUGUUCACGGCCUCCGGCGUCGUCGUGCAGGAUGGGCGAUUCAGCUAUCAGAACCUGUUCGACGCCAUCGUCGACGCGGUCUUCGCGGCGCUGGAGAGAGUGGGAGGGGCGAACGUGGCGGUGGUGGUGUCGGAGAGCGGGUGGCCGUCGGCGGGCGGAGGAGCCGAAGCGAGCACCAGCAACGCGCGGACGUACAACCAGAACUUGAUCAGGCAUGUUGGCGGAGGAACGCCGAGGAGACCAGGGAAGGAGAUCGAGGCGUACAUAUUCGAGAUGUUCAACGAGAACCAGAAGGCUGGAGGGAUCGAGCAGAACUUUGGCCUGUUUUAUCCCAACAAGCAGCCCGUCUACCAAAUAAGCUUCUAGAAACUAACUUGUAAGGUUGAUGAAUCAUCUCCUACCUACCUACCUACGAAUAAAACAUGAAAUAAAGCACCAGAAUAAAGGGAGAAUUCUGAUCUUGGAGAAAGUUGAAUCAUGAUGAUAUAUAACAAACACCCCUCUUUACUCA